UUCACCUGGCUUGUGCUAAUGGACAUCCAGAUGUUGUAUCUCUCUUAGUAGAGAAAAAUUGCAAUCUAAAUUUGUUGGACAAUGACAGUCGAACGCCUUUAAUGAAGGCAAUAGAGUGUGGGCAGAAGGAAUGUGCAACAAUCUUGCUUGAACAUGGUGCAGACCCUAAUCUUAGGGAUGGCAACAACAACACUGCACUUCACCAUAUUGUCCUCUGGUCAGAGCAAAUUCAUGGCAAAAAAACUGAUCAAGCACAACAUUGAUAUUGAAGCAAAAAACCAGGAAGGCCUUACACCACUUUUACUUGCAAUUACAACAAUGAACACUGAAAUGGCAGAUUUUCUCUUAAAGAAUGGAGCAAAUGUGAAUGCCUUGGAUAAUUAUAAAAGAACGGCCCUUAUGAUUGCUGUCAGUGUGGAAUCAAUAGACUUGGUCACUCUUCUUCUUCAAAAUAAUGCUGAUUACACUCUCCAAGAUAUAGAUGGAUGGACAGCUGAGACAUAUGCUGAGCAGCAUGGUUAUCCUCUACAUAUUUAUAACAAACAAAUUGAAGAACAAUGGGAAUGUCAUAAUUCCUGUCCACCCCAAAUUGGCUAUGCAGAGAAGCCUUCUUGUAGUGGAUUUGCUUUGGGUGUAUCAUCCCUGGACAAAAAAGCAAAAGAAAGUUAUGCAGAAGAUUAUAUAAACAGCCUCUCUGACACCCCAGGACCUGCCAAUCACUUGCCAAGAACAAAUAAUGAAUUGGAUUUUGAUACGGAGGUGAAAGAAAAAAAACCAAAGCACCAAUAUAAUGAAACAUUGAAGAGAAAACAUGGUAAGAAUUUGACUGAAAAGAGAAGAGCUGGCAAACAAUUAUUUUCUAUGGAGAUUAAUCAGCAUGAUAAAGAUGAGGAAAUAAAAUUCCUGGGGAAGAAAUUCCAAUAA